AUGACUAUUUGGCACGGGGAGAUGUUGGCAAAACCGGCUGUUGAACAAAAUAAUACAUUCGUGAAACCGUCGAGUCGAGAUUUUUUAAAACUUGAUUGUGUCAAACUAAUGAUUAAUGGUGAUCAAGCCUCUGUAGAUUGUUAUGCUAUGAAACACAAUGGUCCUGAUUCGGGCCCUC